AUGGCGCUCUCAGCUGCUACUCAAGAAGCUAUGUGGCUGAGACAGUUGCACUGUGAACUGUGGCCUUCUUUAAAGGUUACACCUAUUACUUUGUACUGUGAUAAUCAAAGUGCUAUUAAACUUACAGAAGACAUAGAAGAGUCACCAUCCGUCGUGUCCACUGAAGACCAAUACUGUCUCGAGUUGUAUAAGCAAACCACACUGCGCCAAGCAAAUGGAAGAUAUAAAGUACGACUUCCACUAAAAGAAAAUUUUAAACAAAGUUUAGGGCUGUCCAAACCAACGGCUGUAGCACAAUUUCACAGCCUGGAACGGAAAUUAGCGCAGCAACCCAAAACCGCAGGGCAAUAUAAGGACUUUAUAAAUGAAUACAAGGACUUAGGGCACAUGUCUCUUGUUGAAAACAAGGGCUCGGAGCAUGGGUACUACUUACCUCAUCAUUGCGUAACCCGGGAACAUUCGGAAACUACAAAACUACGUGUUGUAUUCAAUGGGUCAGCGAAGACAUCAACGGGACUUAGUUUAAACGAUGUAAUGUAUACGGGUCCCAACCUACAGCAAGACUUACAAUCCCUUAUAUUAAAGUGGAGAAGAUUUCGAUAUGUAUACACCGCAGAUGUGGAGAAAAUGUUUAGAAAUAUUGACAUUUUCGAGUGUGAUCGAAAAAUGCAAAAAAUUAUUUGGCGCGACACACAUCUUCAACCGUUACAGGAAUACGAACUGACAACGGUAACAUAUGGCACAAAGGCGGCACCCUUUUUAGCCAUGAUGACGUUAAAACAGCUAGCUAUGGAUGAGAGGUCUCGGUUUCCUAGGGCAGCGGAAAUCACAGAGCAAGCAUUUUAUACAGAUGACCUAAUAUAUGGGGCUCAUUCUAUAGAAGAAGGAUGCAGCAUGUUAUUUAGUAAAGUAAAAACAUGCUUAGGGAAUAAUAAUAUUAAGUGUUAUGGUUGGACGGACUCCAUGGUAACGUUGGGGUGGAUACAGGGACAGCCAGAGAAGUGGAAGCCAUUUGUAAGCAACAGAGUUAAACAGAUUGUUCAAGAUAUGCCGCCAAAUAUAUGGCGCUACGUUAAAUCAGAGGAAAACCCGGCAGACUGCGCCAGUCGUGGUAUUUCCAUUAAAAGGCUUGAAGGACACUCUCUAUGGUGGAAUGGUCCAUCAUGGCUACCUUCAUAUAAACAUAGCGAAGAAACUCAGUUAUAUUUUACGAAGGAAGAAGAGAAAAAACAAUAUUUAGUUAAUAUAAUACAAAGUAAGGAUAGCAUAGUGAAAGAAAUCAUAGAAAAUUGCAGCAGUUUCUCACGGGCAAUCAGAAUAGUUGCCUGGAUAUUACGGCUUUUACCAAAAAAUAAGGAUAAAAGGGAACGGCACCUCACAUUAGCUGAAGUUAAGGAAGCAAAAUUGAAGAUAAUUAGUCACGUACAAGAAGAAGAAUUUUCCUAUGAGAUAGAAAAAGUGAAAAGGAAGGAAAGCAUUCACAAGAGUAAAUUAAUUGCGCUGAAUCCAUUUCUUGGAAAAGAUGGUCUUGUUCGUGUGGGGGGAAGGUUGCGGAACGCUUUCAUUAGUGAAGACAUGCAGCAUCCCAUUUUAAUUUCACAUACCGGCCGGCUAACUAAUUUAAUAAUAGACCAAGCGCAUAAGCUCACGUUUCACGGCGGCCCUCGCCUAACAUUAUCACUUAUCAGGCAGAAGUACUGGAUUGUGGGUAAUAAUAGAGCAGUAAAGAGGCAGUUAAGUAAAUGGCAAAGGCCACGAGAAAACUUAAAGGUACAAGAUUUAGUUGCAAUUCACGACCCAAAUUUACCUCCUGGAAAGUGGGCUAUGGGCAGAGUUGUAGAAUUACAUCCAGGCACUGACAAUAUCGUCAGAGUAGUUUCGCUGAAGACAAAGAACGGAAUAAUAAAACGUCCUAUUCAUCGCAGCAACAAACGUACUUGCUAA